GGUGCUUCGGUAGCCUUGUAACAGUCACAAUGCUGACAUUGUAGCUCGAGGCACAGUUGGAUAUUAUUCAUAACAGGAGCAAAAGCCGCCGUGACAACAUCACCGAUACGUUUCCUUGUUGAUUGUCGCCUAAGGAAUAUUUUUGGAACUUGACAAACUAGAUCCAUCGCUUUCUGUGGAAGAUGUCCCUGUCUGGCUGGGUGUGUGUUGUAACAGGUGCCUCCAGGGGCAUUGGCAGGGGAAUAGCUCUCCAGCUGUCUGAGGCGGGAGCCACGGUCUACAUCACAGGGCGCCAGGAGAAGACACUGAAACAAACUGCUGCAGAGGUCAAGGAGAGGGGUGGGAACUGUGUGCCAGUCAUCUGUGAUUCUACAAAGGAUAAAGACAUUGAAGAACUGUUUGAACGGAUCAAACACGAACAGAACGGCAGGCUGGAUAUGCUGGUUAACAAUGCCUAUGCUGGAGUUCAGGCUAUUUUUGAGAGUAUGGGGAAGAAGUUCUGGGAAACUGAUCCGUCUAUGUGGGAUUCCAUUAACAACACAGGCCUCAGGGGCCACUAUUUCUUCUCAGUUUAUGCGUCUCGGUUGAUGGUGGCACAAGGUCGAGGUUUGAUAGUCACCAUUUCAUCCAUGGGAGGACUGCGGUAUCUCUUCAAUGUGCCAUACGGUGUCGGUAAAGCUGCAUGCGACAGGCUGGCAGCGGACAUGGCUGUUGAGCUGAAAAGUCGGGGAGUGGCUUCUGUCAGCCUGUGGCCAGGGCCAGUACAAACAGAGCUGGUAUCACAGUUGAUACUGGAGAAAGAUCCACCACAGGGUGUAAACUCUAAGUUUAAAGAUGUAUUUGCCGAUGGAGAAACCACAGAACUGAGUGGGAGGUGCAUUGUCAACCUGGCGAAAGAUAAAAGUCUGAUGUCGCUGACUGGGAAAGUUCUAAUGACUUGUGACCUGGCAAGACGCUACGGGAUACUAGAUGUUGAUGGGCGGAGUGUAGUCGAUUUCACUUCCCUAAAAUUCCUCCUGACCCAGGUCCCAUAUCUCUCCUGGCUCUCAGUUGUUGUCCCAGGAUUCCUUCGCCUGCCACGCUUUGUGCUCAACCUGGCAAAUAAUCGGUUCUAAACAUUUCCUGUAUCAGUACUGAAGCAGCAGUGUACUUGUGUUUCAGCAGACUUAAAUGGUCCAAAUAUAAUACCUAUCUAAUGGAUGUUGAUCAGAACCAAUACUGAUGGCUCAUUGAUGACAAGAAAACUUACAAGCCCAAACAGGGGUAAACUAUUUAGACUGACCUAUAUAUCUACAUACACAUUUCUUGUUUUGGUUUUUUGAAGGAAGAUUAUUUAAACUGUGUAUAUGCAUUCCUGCUUGAGUACUAAUUGAAUAUGAUUCUAUGAAGUAAACAUGAAGAAUUAAUUAGCAUAUUCUCUAUAUUUGAACAUUAACACUAAUGUCAACUGUGAGUGAAACCACACAAUGUGAAAAUGGGGAUCAUUAAUAUUACUAUAUAUGUACGUUUUUUAUAUGUAAAACUGAAUAUUACACAUAUUAUAAACAUAUAAUUGUGUAUUUUUGCACCUAUUACGUACAUUUAUUUGUUAUAUUUCUACUAAAUGUACAUACAUGCAACACUGCCACUACUGUAUUCGCCUGGUAAAUAAAGUAAUGUGAACUUG